AUGCGACGCUCUCUUAAAAUGUUCGAUUUGGUGAUGCAGCAGUUUCUAAAUUCGAAGAUCUCUGAUACUCUGAACCCUGUAAUGAAGAUACCAAUAAAUGCUUCUAAAGUUAUGAUUGUGAAAAGGAUGGUUUUUCAGAUAACUUCGUACACGAAUAUCUCAGUUUCUCUAUACGAGCAACUAUCAGUAUGCACUCGCCAUAAUGAAGAUUUGUCAUGGUUUCAUGGAGGUUCGAAUAUGCAUCAUGAUGAAGAAAAUAGGGAGACUGAGAAAGAUACCAUUUUCCAAGCAGCUGACAAAAAUAAUAAUUUCCGGCCGAUUCCAAAAAAACGUGGAAUGUUCAAACUGGAGAUUACCGAUGGUUUGAAUACGGUGAAAGCAAUCGAGUUGGAGGAAAUUUUCGAUGAGACAUUGGUUGUUCCUGGUUCGAAAAUUCUUCUCACUGGAAGUGUCAAGUGUCGCCGAGGCGUUUUUUUACUUGAAAAAUCAAAUUGUAUGUUUCUUGGUGGCCAAAUCGAAUCACUGCACAUUGAUAAGAUUAAACAGCUCUCUGCAGCAUUGAAUAUUGAUUUGGAUGCAGAAAAGAAGAGAAGACAAGAAUCACUAGAGAAGGCUGCUGCGUCAGUUUCUGGGACCCACAGGAAAUCACUUGAUAAAAAGAAUACGUCAGUAUUAAACCAGUCGAGUCUUUCCCCGUUCCUAAUAAAAACAAACAGAAAAACAGGAGAAGUAAUGAACUCACCUAAAGUUGCAUCUCUAUCACUUUCAAAACUUGUACCAUCAGUAGACAACCAUCCUGCUAAUCCAGAUCCGAUAGAAAAUUGGGAUUUUUCUAUUGAAGAGAUUGCUCAACACGCAGAACCGACUCCAGAGCCAACCAAGUGCCGUGAAAUUAGAGUCGAAGAACCAUCAUCAUCCUCGAAUCUACAAAACAUGAGUGCCGUACAGCGAACAGUUCUCCUACCGCCUCCUCCGACUAAGAAGUUGUCAUCAUUGGCUAUCGAUAGUAGAGAAGAACCUAUCCGCUCCCCAGUUAUUCCUUCAAAAAUGUCAAACGUCAACCAGAAACCACAAAGGCGUGAAGGAAACAGAACAAUAGAAGACUGGGCGUUCGACUCAUUAUCCUCUCUUGAAAAAACAACAAAUUUGAAGCAACAUACGAUUCCAGAUGCUAAAGUGAAAAGCAAACAGCUCCCAGGGCAUCUACUACGUUCUUCAUCAAAUUCUAUUGAGCAAAUGUUGAAUCUUUGCAGGCCAACAUUAGGAGACCCCAAAAUGGCAGUUGAAAAAAGAAAAGAAAUCUCUCAAUGGGUAUGGGAUGAGAAGAAAGGUUCGGAAGAGGAAGAUGUUUCGUCAAAACAGAAAAAAGAUGAUUCAGUAGUCGAAAUUCCGCAAUGUUUGAUAAAGCAGGGAAGGAAUUCGAAUACAAAAAUACUAGAAAGUCCUAAAGCGAAAUCACCAAGCAUUCAUACUUUACAAUCAACCAGUCGGGUUCAUGUACCUACGAUUGACUAUGAUCAAGAAGAUCAGCUUGACGAAAGUGAUGAAGUUGUACCGGUGACUCCUUACCCAAAACAUCCUAAUCAGUCGUUGGAAAAUGAAGAAUAUGUUCGCGGUGUCGAAGAAACUUAUAUGGAUGCUUCAAUUAUGGAAUGCACAAUUGAGCAAGAAGGACGAUUGGAAUGUGAAAGAUGGGGCUUGAACGGCCGGAAACGAGGUCCUGGAGAUGACGCACGAGUUAUUGAGUUGAACAGUUAUUCGAUAAAAAAAAGGACAGAAGAUCAAGAUUAUGAUAAUCGAAAUCAACCCCUUCCUCCUCAAAUAAGUAAACGUGUUCCCCCAUCUCAAAACCAAAUUCAACCAUGCACCAAAGUUAUCGAUGAAUCAGAAACGGCCGAAUACGCUGGCGUCCCUUCAGUAUCACAAUAUCACACUUCACAAGCUGCCCGCCCUCAGCAACAACAAACAUUCGCAUCCACAAACGAUUGGAACUUUACCGAUCGUCAAAAGCAGGUCACUCAUCCACCGAGAGUGAAAGUGGAAAGAGUUGAGCGACACCCAGAAGAAAAGAAAAUAUCGACUAUGAUGAGGGUUCCAGCGAAGAAUCCUUCUUCAAGUCAAGACGUUGUGGAGAUCAGAAACAAGCAAUCAGCGAAUGUUCAAAUUUAUAAAACACCCUUCGCCAAAAGACUUAAUAGUACUGAUUCUUCUUCCACUGCCACGUCUCAAUUGUUUCAACGAAUGUCUGAUUUGCAAAUUGUUCCAUUAGCAGAUGCUCUUGUCAAUAGAAAGUUUUGGAUGAUGUCCAAGAUUAUUGUUGCUAUGCCCACAAUAUGUCAUCAGCUUCACGAGCUGAGGUCAGAUGGGAUAGAUUGGUUGUUGCAGAUUAGUGUAACCGAUACUUCCGCCCCAAAUGUGAAAUGCCGCGUGGCUACAGACCUUCUCAAUCGGCUAUUCGGAUUCAACGUUCAGCAGUGCAAGAAUCUAUUUAAUUCGAAUCAAGUCGAAGAGCUUCGAACAAAAAAGUGCGAAGCAGAACGAAAAUUACUGGGAUUCAAACGUUUGGAUUUACUAGUCUGGAUUGAAGUGUCCCCAGAUCUUGAGAAACUUCCUUUGAUAGUGGACGUCAAAACCAUAUCGGAUGCUCUUAACAUUUUGUAG